UUUCACAAUCUCAACAACAAAACACAGAAAACAAUUCGAACAUUAACGAGAGAGAUCGGAAAACAGCCGCUGAAAUAUGUCUUGCACGGUCGCUAUUUCAAACUCGCCGGUGUUUUCGCCGUCUAGAGUUCCAGUACCCGCUUCUUCUUCUCCGUCAUCGCCGUUACGGAUUCUUCGUCUUCAGAAGACUUUACCUAGUUCCGUUAUUAGAGCUUCGACCGAUUCUACUUCUCCUACGGUUUUGAAGAGGAAGAGACCGUCUAGGUUGGAUGUUCCUGCUUUUUCUAUGAGUUUCGGAAAUAUUCCGGCGACUCCAGCUGCAGUGGCAGAUUUGGUGGAGGCUGAGGGCGAUGGAUAUUCUGUUUGCUGUAAAAGGGGAAGGAAAAGUGCAAUGGAGGAUCGUUACUCUGCAACGGUCAAUCUUCACACAGAUUCGAAACAGGGCGUUUUUGGUAUAUUUGAUGGACAUGGAGGAGCAAAAGCAGCAGAGUAUGCCGCCGAGAAUUUGAACACGAACAUCAUGAACGAACUAGGAAAUACAACAACGGAUGAUGAAAUUAAGGAGGCGGUGAAAAAUGGUUAUUUGAAAACAGAUUCUGAAUUUCUAAACCAACAAGUUCGAGGUGGAUCGUGCUGCGUAACUGCAUUGAUCCGACAUGGCAAUUUAGUACUAUCCAAUGCCGGCGAUUGUCGUGCUGUUGUGAGCAGAGGAGGCGUUGCUGAGGCAUUGACUUCUGAUCAUAGGCCUUCAAGAAAAGAUGAGAAGGAUAGAAUUGAGGCUUUGGGUGGCUAUGUAGAUUGUUGUCGCGGCAUUUGGAGAAUUCAGGGAUCUCUUGCUGUAUCAAGAGGUAUUGGAGAUCAGUGUCUUAAACAAUGGGUUACAGCAGAACCUGAGACUAGGAUUCUUGGACUUAAUCCUGAACUGGAGUUCUUAAUCCUUGCAUCUGAUGGUUUAUGGGAUAAGAUUAGCAAUCAGGAAGCAGUAGAUAUUGCUCAGCCUUUGUGCAGUGGUAUCACUACGCAGCAGUCAUUGUCAGCCUGUAGAAAGCUAGUUGACCUCUCUGUUUCGCGAGGUUCUGUUGAUGAUAUAAGUGUGAUGAUAGUUCAACUGGGAAAAUUCUGUUGACGGAAUUCCCCUAUUUAGGUUAGGAAGAUAACAACAGCUUACAGGAAAUGCUAGAGAUUAUAAAUAUUUAGAAUAGUUUACUAGUAUGAACUAGCUUUUACCUCUGUAAAUUGAAUUGUUCUCAGAUUCUUUAUGGGCAAAACCCCUUUUAUCCAUUUGCUCGUUAGACAAUGUUUAUUUUACUUCUGAUAUGUAUAUCUUUUGAUCUUUUUAUCUUGACAAUUUGCAUUGUAUGUAA